CACACCUGUUUAGGUAACCCUGAUCUAUCUUCAUACUCACCAGAGCUUUGCCAGUUUAAGAUAAUCCAUCCUCCCAAAUUCAACAUGUCCUUCACAGUGCGAUCCUCAGUCGCCCCCCGCUCAUUCUCUAGUACCAGCAUCUCCUCCGGCAUUCCAAUCCAGAGUGCCCUCCGCUCCAGCGCCGCCAGCAUGUUCGCUGGGGUCGAUGGAAGAAGUUAUCGGAUCUCGGUGCCCACUGUGCGGGCAGUUAGCAACAACCUGCGCAGCAGUCUGGAUCUCAACACCGGGAGCUCUGCUCUUCUCCACAAUAAUGAAAAGGAAACCAUGCAGGGUCUCAAUGGGCGCCUGGCCGGCUACCUUUCCAAGGUGCGAGGACUGGAGGAAGCAAACAGCAGACUGGAGGACCAAAUCAAGGAGGUCAUGUCGAGGAGAGCACCCACCGACAGGGACUGGAGCGCCUACGAGAAACCGCUGACAGGCCUCAGGAAACAGGUCAGUGACAUGGCUCUGGACAAUGCCAGGCUGGUCCUGCAGAUUGACAAUGCCAGACUGGCUGCUGAUGACUUCAAAGUCAAGUGGGAGGCGGAACUGGCCAUGAGGCAGGGGGUGGAGCAGGACAUCGGCGGACUGCGCAAGAUCAUUGAUGACACAAGCAUCGGCCGCAUGCAGCUGGAGAACCAGAUUGAGUCCCUGAAUGAGGAGCUGGCCUUCCUCAAGAGGAACCACGAGGAGGAAGUGGCCAGCAUCCGAGCCCAGAUCUCGGACUCCAGUGUUUCUGUGGAGGUGGACGCCCCCAAGGGUGUGGACCUCGGUGAGACGAUCGCACAGAUCCGCAGCCAGUAUGAGACGGCUGUGCAGAAGAGCCGCGAGGACACUGAGGUCUGGUACAAAAACAAGUUUGAGGAGCUGUCCACAGAGGUCACUCAGAACACAGAGGCUCUGCAGUCAGCCAAGAGCGAACUGAAUGACUUACACCGGCAGAAACAGGGGCUGGAGAUCGAACUGCAGACACUGCGUAACACGAACUGCUCGCUGGAGGACACACUGCACGACACAGAGGACCGCUACAACAUGGAAGUGGGCAAGCUGAACCAGGCUAUCAGGCGGCUGGAGGAUGAGCUUGGGCAGGUGCGCACCACCACGGAACGCCAAGCCAACGAGUACACCAUCCUGCUCAACAUGAAGAUGAAACUGGAGGCUGAGAUUGCUACCUACCGGCGCCUCCUAGAGGGCGAGGAAGAGAGAGCUGAGCCACUUCUGCAAGUGAAUGCGGAGCCUCAACGGCAGUGUAUUAGGAGGGUGGUAGUGAUAAACCAGGAGCUUGUGGACGGGAAGGUCGUGUCUCAGAAAGAGGAAGAGAUUGAGCAGUAAACUAACACAAGCCCUGUUCCUUCUAUUAUUAACUUCAAUAUAACACAUGGGUUUAGGGGUUUUUAAUACAUGCUUUUUACUGCCUCUGCUCAAGGCUGAUCUUACGCUGAAACAAUAGUGUUUGCCUUUCUUAAAAUAACAUAAGUUUGAUGUGGUCAGGUUUCAGGUGUUUUCAUUCAUUUGUGCCUUGUUCUUAGCAAUAAAGAUGGGUUUCAAUUGA